AUGCCCAGGAGAAUCAUCAUCAUUGGUGGGGUUGCGGGCGGCAUGUCCGCGGCCACUCGUCUUCGGCGUCUUGAUGAAUCAGCCAUCAUUACUGUAUUCGAACAGGGAGCAUAUACCGGCUUCGCCAACUGCGGCAUCCCCUACGCACUGGGCAAGGUGCAUGAAUUGCUAUCAGAUCGCGAUGCAAAGUAUGUAUGUGUGAUCGAAGCCGGCUUCAUCGGCAUCGAGGUUGCUGAGAACCUGCGAAAGCUUGGACUCGCCGUUUCAAUUGUCGAGUAUGGAUCGCAUAUCUUUCCGCCUAUUGAUGGCGAAAUGGCUGAAAUACUCCACUCAGAACUCCGCGACAACGGUAUUCAGCUAUUUCUGAACGAGUCAGCCCAGAAGAUCGAUAAGUCACGAAUCACCUUAUCUAGUGGACUCGUGCUACCCGCCGACCUGGUGAUUUUGGCUGCAGGAGUCAGGGCUAGAACAGGACUGGCAAAGCAGGCAGGUUUGGUAUUGGGCGCGACCGGAGUCAGCGUCAACACUCACAUGCAAACCUCCGACCCUGACAUAUAUGCAGUCGGGGAUAUGGUUGAGACACAAAACAAUAUCACGGAAAAGCCGGCAAUGCUGGCCAUGGCUGGUCCAGCCAACAGACAAGGCCGAAUGGCGGCUGACCACAUCUGCGGCAAAACGGUUAAUUAUCGUGGAAAUGUUGGCACUUCCGUCUGUCAGGUAUUCGGUUUGACGCUCGGCUUUGUCGGACUUUCGACUCAAGUACUCCGUCAACUUGGCCAUGAUCCUCUUUCGAUCACGGUGCAUCCCCCUGAUCAUGCAGGAUAUUUCCCAGGGUCACAUACUAUGACUAUCAGACUUGCUUUCCGGAAGGAAACAGGCCAGAUAAUGGGAGCGCAGAUUAUUGGCAAAGCUGGUGUUGACAAAAGAAUCGACGUCCUGGCGACAGCAAUGCAGUUCGGUAGCACCGUCUUUGAUCUCGAGCAUCUUGAACUGGGAUACGCGCCACCGUAUGGCUCGGCAAAGGAUGCAGUCAACAUGGCUGGCUUUGUGGCAUCUAAUGUUCUUCGCGGAGGCUGUAAGAUUGUCCAUGCUGAACAGCUCACUAGAGAAAAACUUGACGAACUGCAAGUCGUGGAUGUCCGCUCUCCUGAGGAAUUUGCUCGUGGCCAUCUUCACCAGGCAGUGAAUCUUCCGCUCAAUAACCUGAGGCAACAGUUGGCCACUCUGGAUAGGUCAAGAUCAACUAUGGUAUACUGUCAAGUUGGUUACCGCGGCUAUUUGGCCUACUGUAUUCUCAAACAGUUUGGGUUUGAUGUCGUUAAUCUUGAUGGGGGCUUUAAGACAGUAGUUCAAGGAGGAUGCCAAUCAUUACAUAGCUGA